CUUCCAUCUUUCUCUAAACAUUUCCCUUUUUAAGCUCUCUCAAGAUCCAGAUUUCCCACCUCAAAAAAUCUCUCUUUACUACAAAUCCUUUAAUGGGUAAUCAUUAUCAAUAUAUACACACAUAUAUAUAAUAUAAAUUUCCAUCCUUUUUUGCAAAAUCCCAUCUGGGAAUUUGUAAAUUUAUCAGUUUCAAGAAAAUGGCACCAAAUUCUGUUGUUGUCACAAUAGACAACAAAACCAGCAAUAUCUCUUUAGUUGAAGUCAAUAACAACAACAGCAAUAAUGAUGAUGACACAGAAUCAUCUGUGUUUCUUGAAAAACAAAAAACAGCAAGUACUAAACAGUUUUCAUGGUUACUUUUACUAAAAGCACAAAGAUUCCUGUCUUUCUUUCCAUGGUUAACAAUGGGUUGUUCCAAAACAUUUGUUUCUGUAAGAAAGCGCAUUGCUUUAUCAGAUUCAAACAAAGAUGAAGUCAAAUAUAAAGAAAAGAUUAUGUAUAGAUUCAUAAGAGCAUUUCUUGCUAUAUCUAUAGUUGCUUUGGUUAUUGAAGUCAUUGCUUAUUUCCAAAACUGGGAUUUGGAUUUGGGAUAUGUUUCUAAUGAAGCUAUGGGACUUGUACACGUGGCAUAUUUUGGUUGGAUAUCAUUUAGAGCUGAAUAUAUUGCUCCAUCUAUCACUAUGUUGUCACAGUUUUGUGUUUUGCUUUUCUUGAUUCAAUCUCUUGAUAGAUUCAUACUUGGGAUUGGUUUCUUUUGGAUCAAAUUCAAGAAAAUUAAACCAAUGAUUGAUUUUAAUGAUGAUAAGUCUUAUGAUGUUGAAGAUCCUGAAAGUUUUCCAAUGGUUCUUGUUCAGAUCCCUAUGUGCAAUGAAAGAGAGGUGUAUCAGCAAUCUAUUGCAUCUGCUUGCCAAUUGGAUUGGCCAAAAGACAGGAUUUUGAUUCAAGUUUUGGAUGAUUCAAGUGAUGAGCUUCUGCAGAUUUUGAUAAGAAAUGAAGUGAAUUUAUGGAAAGAAAAAGGAGUGAAUAUAAUCUAUAGACAUAGAUUUGUUAGAACAGGAUAUAAAGCUGGAAAUCUACAUUCAGCAAUGUCUUGUGAAUAUGUCAAAAACUAUGAAUUUGUUGCCAUUUUGGAUGCAGAUUUUCAGCCUAAUCCUGAUUUCCUUAUACUGACAGUUCCUCACUUUAAGGGAAAACCUGACUUGGGUCUUGUUCAAGCUAGGUGGUCAUUUGUAAACAAGGAUGAAAAUUUACUUACAAGGCUGCAGAACAUAAACUUGUGCUUCCAUUUUGAAGUCGAGCAACAAGUGAACGGGUACUAUCUAAACUUUUUCGGGUUCAAUGGCACAGCUGGUGUUUGGAGGAUCAAAGCUUUGGAAGAGUCAGGUGGUUGGCUUGAAAGAACAACAGUUGAAGAUAUGGACAUUGCUGUUAGAGCACAUUUGAAUGGAUGGAAGUUUAUUUACCUUAAUGAUGUCAAAGUUCUUUGCGAAUUGCCCGAGUCUUAUGAAGCUUAUAAGAAACAACAACAUCGAUGGCAUUCGGGUCCUAUGCAACUCUUUCGUCUCUGCCUCCCUGCAAUUCUUGCAUCCAAGAUAUCAAAGUGGAAAAAAGCAAACUUGAUCCUCUUGUUCUUUCUUCUGCGGAAAAUGAUUCUACCCUUUUACUCGUUCACUCUAUUCUGUGUGAUUCUACCAUUAACAAUGUUCAUACCUGAAGCCGAAUUGCCAAUCUGGGUCAUCUGUUACGUCCCUGUUACCAUGUCAAUCUUGAACAUUCUACCAGCCCCAAAGUCAUUCCCAUUCCUGAUGCCAUACUUGCUCUUUGAAAACACAAUGUCAGUAACCAAAUUUAACGCAAUGGUCUCGGGCCUCUUCCAGCUUGGAAGUGCAUAUGAGUGGGUAGUCACCAAGAAAACUGGGAGGUCAUCAGAAUCUGAUCUGUUAGCAUUUGCAGAACGAGAAUCUAAGAGUUUCAGUGAAGAGAAGAUCCAGAGACGGUUAUCAGAAUCAGGACUUGAAAUGCUCGGGAAAUUGAAGGAACAGGAGACUCCAGUUGUUGCAAAGAAGAACAGAAUAUACAGGAAAGAACUUGCACUUGCUUUCCUACUGCUUACUGCUGCCACAAGAAGUCUUUUAUCAGCUCAUGGUAUCCAUUUCUAUUUCUUACUCUUUCAAGGUUUGUCGUUUCUUGCUGUCGGGUUAGACUUAAUUGGUGAGCAAGUAAACUGAAAACACCAUCUUUUCAAUCUUAAAAACUGUUAGAAGAUGAACAUUGAAAUGAAAAUGGCUGGUUCCUGGAUCAAAUGUCGGUACAUACUGAUUCAAUAAGGAGAGUGUUUCGUUGGAUAUAGAAGGAUACUCGAUAUGAUAUCAGAGUUGAUUUUUUGUUUUGUUCUAUUGUUGUAUAAGUUAUUACAAGUGUUACUAUUUCUUCAAUCGUUGUUUAGUUAGUAGGAGAGUCGAUACUUACUCAAAGCAGUCGUUAUAUAAAGAUUCAAUUUGUGCAAAUCUUGAGUUGCACAUAAUAUAUUUUUCCUUUUUAUUGA